AUGCUCUGCUCUUCCAAAGGGUGCAUCGUCAUUUUCCUUUCAAUAAUCAUUUCGAGGGUGCUAAGUGAGAGUGAUGAUGAUGAAGAUAUCACUCCAACAUACGUCGAAGACAAUUCCAUGGAGAAAGGAGAACGAAACCCUGAAUACUUUACAACUGGUGAGGCUGUUCCUGAAGCUUCUGAAGAUCAAAACCCUGGACCAGACACUGAUGAUGGUGAUGCAAAACUACCUUCACUUUUAGAUCUGAAAAUGGAUUACCGCAUGCUGAAAGCAAAGUGUCCGUACUUUAAACAUGGAGAUGACCUUGAUUUGAACCAGAUAGCUGAUGUGUGGCAAGUGGCAUAUUUCCAGCUGCAAGAGGAUAUAUCCUGCUUCAAGAUUCAUAUAAAGAAGACUACGGAUGAGGACAAGAAGGCGUACUCGGACAGAUACGGGUCGUUCUCAGACAAGGUGAACUGGUCGGCCUGCGACCUGGAGAUACGGGCCAGCGACAAGAGCGAGACGCAGAGAAGACACUUCUUACAAAGGAGGGAGAAGGGAAUCAUGGAGAAUGUCAUCAUUUUGGAACAGAUCGGUCGAAACGACACCACCUAUUCCCUGCACACCGAGAGCCCAGACCAGUGGCUGGUGGUCAAGCAUCUCCUCCUGAUGAGGGACUGUAGUGAUGGCGAACUUGUGGUGUUCUCCAGGGUGCCGCACCAGCCGCGCCGCAAGGAUGUCAUGGACGCGUUGGUUAUGUUCGGAGAAUAUACCAUGGAGGGCAAGAUGGCUUGCGAAUGA